AUGGCCUUCUCCGAAAUUUUACUGCAUGUAGGAAAUCUUGGGAAAUUCCAGAUUCUGUUAUUCAUUUUGAUCUUAUUGAUAACAACACUGAUGAAUGUUCACAACUUGGUGGAUAAUUUUACAUCAGCCACCCCUGCUCACCGGUGCUACAUCCAUCUCCUUGACAAUACCACAUUUGUCACCAACACCUCUGUGAAUCUAACAACUGAAGCACUCCUGAGGGUUUCCAUACCAAUGGGCCCAAAUUACAAACCAGAGCAGUGCCGUCGAUUCCGCCAGACACAGUGGCAACUCCUGGAUUCUAAUAUGUCAAUCACAAACAUCAGUGAGCUAGAGACAGAACCAUGCCUGGAUGGUUGGAUCUAUGACCAAAGCAUUUUUACCUCUACCAUUGUGACACAGUGGGAUUUGGUAUGUGAUAAAAAAUCAUUCAAAUCAUUGUCACAGUCCAUUUUCUUCACUGGGCAAAUGAUGGGAACACCCAUAAGUGGCUACUUUGCUGACAGAUUUGGCCGGAAACCAGUGUUGCUAUGCUUUUCUCUGCUAUUUGGAUUGUUUGGAACUUGUUCAUUAUUUGCCUCAACCUUCCCAGUUUACUGUAUGAUAAGAUUUAUUAUGGCAAUAUCCCUGGGCACAGUAACUAGCAAUAACAUCAUACUUCUUAUAGAAUGGAUUCCAACAAAGGCUCGAACACAAAUGAUGACAGCUCUUUCAAUGUCUAUGAGCACUGGCCAGAUUUUACUAGCUGGAGUGACUUAUGCCUUUCGAGACUGGCACAUUGUACAGUUAGCCAUCUCAUUGCCUUAUUUGGCUUACUUCUUGCUCCUAUGGUGGUUUUCAGAAUCUGCCCGCUGGCUGAUUGUGACUGGUAAACUAGACAAAGCACUCAAAGAACUGAAGAAAGUUGCCCGAUUUAAUGGCAAAAAUGAUGCUGCAGAGAACCUAACCAUUGAGCUUUUGAAAUCCACAAUGCAGGAAGAACUUGCUUCAUGCACUCAUUCUUCUAAACUCAAGGAGCUCAUUGCCAGUUCCACCAUGCGCAAAAUCAUAUGCUGUUUCUGCUUUAUGCGCUAUGGUGUUUUUGCGCGUUGGAAUCGCACUGGUAGGAAAAGGAUUCAUGGCCAUGUAUCUUACCAUCAGUAUGACCUAUGGUAUGGAACUCACUCCUACAAGAAGCAGAGAAAGAGUGGAACUGUUUAUUGA